AUGUCGACGGUGGCCACGACGAGUGAAGAAGCUGCGGCGCCAUUCAAUCGCUUGACUUAUCCAAGUCGCCAGGCACGUUUUGCCCACCACAUUCCUACAUCGCGCAAUCGUCGUGGAGCUAGCGUCAAAGCGGCAUAUGGGUCGUUAAGAAGCACGUCGCAACCCCCGCCGGUCGGAAUGGGGCCUUUUGCUGUCGACGUCGCGCCUGAAGGCUCGUUGCUGUGGUGUUCCAACAGCGUUGGUAUCUGGUGCCACACGGGGACAUCGUAA